AAUGAGUGCUGUUUAAGUUCUAGUAGUGGCUCUGAUCUUGUAGGAGGAGUUUGAGCGCAGCUGGCCUCUCAUUGGCCGGAGUGUCUGGAGAGGGCGUGUCUCACACAGCAGGGACGGAGCGAUCAGCUUCAUCACACAGAAGCUGGAGAGAGGAGCUGCUGGAAAACCGUGCCUUUCAAUCCCAGACAUUCCCAGACCAGGUCCCGAUCCGCUCCAGACGCUCAGAGAGCAUCAUGAAGUCUCAGCACAAAUGCAUCGUGAUCUUUGCGCUGGUGUGCUGCUGUGCUGUGCUGAUAGCGCUGAUAUUCUCUGCUGUAGAUGUGUGGGGGGACGACGACGACGAUAUCUCUAAAGGAACAUGCAGCAGUGCCUGCCGGGGCUCCGCUUUACCUAGGAUCUUUCCACCGGAUCUUGGCAAAUAGGGAAUGGGUGCCACCGAUUUCUUCACUUCAUGACCCACGUGACCUGGACUCUUGCUUAAGUGUUGUGCUUGUUGAGAAUAUUCCAGAAGAUCUGUCCAUUGCAUAUAAAGACACGGUUCCUCUGGCCGCUAGUCUCCGUGAGCUUCUGGAUCGAGCGCAUCGAUCUGUCGAGAUUGUGUCUCCAUGGUGGGCACUGAACUCUACCGAGCACGAGUCAAAGUCUCCCCAGGCCAAACAGGGUCAUAACUUACUCCAUCAGUUGAUGAGUCUACAGUCGCGGUCAGUCAGUCUGAAGGUGGUCAGUGCACUGACUAAUUCUACAGAGCUCAAGGCACUCACUCGAAGCGGUGCAGAGGUGCAUUACUUGAACAUGAAAGCCCUCAUUAAAGGUCAGCUCAACUCCUCCUUCUGGGUGGUGGACAGGAGACACAUGUACAUAGGAAGUGCUGGCAUGGAUUGGAGGUCACUGUCUACGAUGAAGGAGUUGGGCAUCAUUAUUUAUAACUGCAGCUGCCUGGUGUUGGACCUGCACAAGAUAUUCAGCUUCUACUGGCAACUGCAGUAUAAAGAGUUUUUGCCUUCAGUAUUGUCCAAGAAACUGAACGCUCUGUAUAACAGAGACAGCAACCUUCAUCUGCAUCUGAAUGAUAUUGAAGCAAAAGCAUACUUUUCAAGCUCUCCAGAUGCUUUCUGCACAAAAAACCGUACAAAAGACCUCGAGGCCAUUAACAGAGUCAUUCAACAGGCUGAGACUUUUAUCUACAUCUCCAUAACCAACUAUCUACCUGUGCUCAACCGCAGCCAACCCAGGUACUGGUCACGCAUUGACAACAUGCUCAGAGAAGCCUUGAUUCUGAAAAAAAGCAUCAAAGUACGCCUGUUAAUAAGCUGUUGGGAGCAGACUGAGCCGCUGACGCUGAACUUCCUGUGGUCUCUCAAAGCACUGUGUACAGACUCCGUCCGCUGCUCCGUGGAGGUGAAGUUCUUCAUUCCACAGAAGCAGAGCGAUGGACGCCUCUACGGAACGAAUCACAACAGAUACAUGGUGACGGACAGGUCUGUGUAUAUAGGCAACUUAAACUGGGUGGGCAACGAGUUUGUGUACAGCGCUGGUGUUGGUGUGGUGAUCAGUCAGCGGGUGGAGCAGAACACCUCCACUGUAGUCGAGCGGAUGAGAGCGGUCUUUGAGCGAGACUGGCAUUCCCAUUACAGUAAAACACUCCAGCCAAACGAGAUCCCAGCAUGCAGCACGCACACGGCAAGCCCUUCUCUCUAAAAACGUGUUUGAAAAUCAUGUGUAAACCUUUGUUGGCUGUUUCCUUUCACUUUGAGUUCGUACAGCAAGCAAGGCUUUCUAUCGAAGCCAUACUGUUUCGCUCUGAUUUCACCUGGAAAUCACAACUGGUGCUAUUAGUUCGUUUAAUUUGCCUCCUUUACUCUAUUGCUUGGAAGCAAAGUAACAUGUUUUUUCUGGUUAGAUUGUAUGCGGGCACAUUACUCUUAUAAAUGCCUUGGAAAUGUUAAAUGAAUUCUUUCAAGAUGUCUGCCUCUGCACAUGUGUUGCCCUGAAAGUUUCUAUUCUAAAAAACGUCUUACCUUUAACUAUUAGGGGAAAAAUGUUUUCAAUUUCAUGUUCACUUUUGUAUUCAUAAAAGUUUAAAUGUGCUUUCAGAUAUAUCAAGCAUUGUCAAGCACGGUGUUUUAAAGUCUAUUUCAUAAAUCAUUUUUACAGGCAGGUUUUUGCUAAAAGUUUCUACAUGUUCAUAUUUUACUACAUGGUAAAAUAUGCUGGUAAAUUAUCUGAUUUAUUUGCACUUAGUAUUUUAACGUUUUAACGUUAAACGUUAUCAAUGUCUUUUAAUGUAACACAGAAAAUCUGUCAUCAUUUGUGUUAGAAAUACACAAAGAAAUCUUAUUCAAAUUAGAGUUUAUCUGUUAUUCCCAGAUAAACACUAAUAACACAGGCUCUUUCUGUACGAGUCACACACACUACAAGUCCUUCACACAGUCCCACAUCUCUGCGUUUAAUAUUGAACUAAAAUAUAAAUUCUGGUCGUCCGGUCAGAGCCUGGACCCAACUGAGCCUGGUUUCAGGAAGCCAUGUAAUAAGCGGGAUAAUGUACAUCUAGCGAUAACAACCAGCUGGAAGUACAUUAUCACUUAUGCAAUUCAUAGCUAUUGAUUCAAUUAUUUUUCAUUUUUAACUGCCUGUACUCAUGAAACAUGAAAACAUAUUUAUACUUGAUUCAUAAUUCAUAUCAUUGUCACUAAAAGUUUAAAUUAAACGAAAAGAAGCUGCGAGUCUACCUCAAUCAGAAAUUGUGACAGAGCAGGGAGUGAGCACAUUCAUGUAUACAAAUGUUGCCAAACACAAGUUAAAAAUUCAUGCUCAGUGGCGUCGAAAAGAUACUAUAAAAGUAGAAUUACUUUAUAGUGCAUAUGUUGCGACAUAAACGGAGAAAGCAUUCAGAUACAUCUGCAAGUCUUUACUCAGAAACAUGAUCAAAACAGAGGCGAGAAACUGGUAAACAGAUGUAUAGAGGGCAAGUCACGAGAGUAAAGCCAGGUCUUCAAUCGGCAAAACAAGAGAGAUAAUCCUUAGACAAGAGCAGUCGGAAAGUCCAGACAACGAUAUGAAGAGGCAGUAAUCGAAACACAGGUCAUCCAAACAAGGGACUGGACUGAGAAGAGAACUGGAAGAAAAUGGAGUAAUAGUACUCCAUAGAGUAGCUGUGCAAAACCAAUGACCACGCUAACAGUAUUCGGCAGUGAUCAGUAGGACAUCCAUGGCUUGAGUCCCGUGUCUGUGUGAUCGGAGGCUGUGGGGACUGUAUUACAUUUCCCUCUCUUCAUGUAGAAUAGAGCAUGUGUCAAAGUGGACUUUUUAGUCUUUAAAAUCAUUAUCAGUGGUUCUUUAUUUAUUUGAAGAAAGUUCUUGCAGUUAUCCAAAUUAAGUCAGAAAGUAUGAAAGUAUAUACAGUGCAAGCGUGUGAGGUUUGUGACGUAGAACCGUGUUUGCCAGCAGAAGAUGAUGUAUCUCUAAACUGUCUUUAUAAACAUGCCGAAAGAUUUCAACGGACGAGAUUAAUUAUUUGCCUGGCCUUACUUUUCUGAAUCAGAUUAGAUGAGUUAAGAAAAGCAGAUUCUGAGCGUCAGCAGCAUCAUAUUACUGUUAUGAACGUGUGUCCAGGACUGGCAUGGAAGAUAAUAGCUGUUGAAUGAAGUCUUUUGUUUUUUCUUUGUACACAAAAAGUAUUCUCAAAGAUUCAUAAAAUUACGUUUGAAACCCUGAUGUCACGUGGACUACUUUUAUUGUUGUUACUACAUUUCUGUGCCUUGAUCGUGGCAGGACCCUUGCUGUCUGCGGAGGGUCCGAAUUCAUUUAUGGGCCAGGUUUCACAGACGGGGUUUAGCCUAAGCUUACACUCACACUGGGCAGGGUUGACAUGAAACGAACACAAGAUGUACAAGAUGUUCAACUUUCUUGUCGAUCCUGGAACAACAUUCCAAUCAACCAAUCAGAUUUUCUUUCAGGAUAAUCUUUCAGGAAAUAUCUGUUAUAGGCUCAUGAUCAGGGUUAUGUGCUUCUUUCCUCUUGUUAAUCAUUUACCACUUAUUUUGAACAGUAAUGUUGAUCCAGGAUCAUGUCAUGUCUUGGCAAAAUCCCAGCGAAGCCCCAAGGACAAACAGGAAGUAAUCACUCUGUUUACUUUGUUGCUUAUUAUCGAGCGGUGGACCACAGCCCUCUUGCAGUGCAUUGAUCAACAGGUCUAUCAUAUUUGUGGCUUGGAAAUUUUCAAACAAUCAUCCUGCUCAUAUGUCGUCACGCUUCCUGUUCGGGUUAGUG